AUGUCGAUAUCUUCGAACCCUAUCGAAAUAACUGCGGCAUCAGAAGCGGUUCAGAAGCCACUUCUUCCAUCACCAGCACUAAGCAACUUCUCCGGGCAUCACUACGCCCAGUCGCCUUCAGGGGUCGAUUCGAACCUCCUGAUCCUUUUGCACGGACUAGGCGAUAGCGAUGCGGGAUUCUUCAACCUUGGAAAAAACUUGCAGAAUACACUACCACAAACAGCAGUGCUAGCAAUACAAGCUCCGCACGCAGUCCCGUUCCUCGAUGGAGGCAAACACUGGAUGUGGUAUCCUUCUUUCGACCAAUUCGGCGAGCUGCUUACUCAACCUAAUCCAAGUACAACACUUCAGAAUAUGGUGUCUGUUCUUGAGCACCUGACGGAGAAGUGCGGCUGGUCACCAUCCUCGAUACACAUCUUUGGCUUUGGUCAAGGAGCAACCAUCGCACUUGAAACGCUAGUCUCUUGGUCCAAAACUCACGCCAACCCCACGGAGCGAUUGGGCAGCAUUGUUUCCAUCUCUGGCGAGAUUCUAUCGCAUCCAGCAACGAUGAUCACCACCGCCACCCCCGUGCUACAGAUCUACCGCUCACGCACAGACAUUGCGAGGGAGACAGCAACCAAAUGGGCAUCAUUUCGAAAAGCGUUUGGUUCGGCAUUCUCAUUACAACGACUGAACCUUACAGAGCAAGGAAGCGACGAUGCUAUGUUACGAGGCGGAUGGGGUGAGUGGGAUGGAGUUAUGCAGUUUUGGAGUAAGUUCUUGAGGAAUAGAUCGGCGUGGGAGAGGCAAGGCAAGGUAGUGCCGCUUAGUUAG